AUGCCUCGUACAGUUCAGAAUGCCGUCAAAACAUCGUAUGGGUCGAUGAAAAAACUUAGAGACAAACUUGGUGUGAUCAAGUCUGAUGCAAAGAUCACUGUCAUCAUGUUGGAAUCCUAUGUUUCGAAGGGCCCUGACUACUAUGAUCUCCAAGAUCCAAAGGUCCGCAAAGGAUAUGGAACUAUCAAAGUUAGCUUGGCACCGAGAGAUUUGAACCAAACAGCCAUAGAAGGUAUGUUCAAAACCGGCGUGUCUGCAAAGCCUCCACCAACAGAAGGCAUCACCCAGGGUGAAGAAUCUCAGCGAGCUGCGCCAGUUGCUGAUGAUGUGGAUGGUGAGGAUCAUUCAAAGCAUAUGGCUGAAGCAGCUGAUGCUACACUACAGGCACUACAGGAUGUCGGCGACUUGCCUGAGACGGUUGUGGAGGAUAACCUGCAUGCGGCAGAACCGGCUCUUACAGAGGAAUGGGACAAGAGCUGCCAGACAGAGCUUCUGAACCACCCACAUCCACCGGGAUGUUUGUUCACUGACAUUGCAAGUUUCCUGAAACCCGAGCUGCAGUACUUGCUGAAAGAUAUGCAGUCAUCUGAUCGAUUGCGUUCUGAUCUGAUGCCUUUGAUCAAAAAAGGAACCGCCAUCAACACGCAUGCGUGGUGUGUUGCACAUGAGCGGCAUUGUGAUGUCUCCGGUCUGGUUGCAAUGCUGAACCUCGCCGGGCAUGUAUGCUGCGCCCACUCGGCUAUGGGCCCACUUGACCGUGAACAAGCGCUGUCAUUUGCACACUUUCUGAUCUACUGUGGACUACGCGCUCGCCUACAGGAGCCAAUAGUGGUCACUGAAAAUGUGGACUCUUUUCCACGAGAGGAGGUGGAGGGCAUGUUAGACAUGUACGAUUGGUCUUGGUCCAUCCUGACCAGCACUGAGAACCAACAAGCUGAAGUGAACUGGGCUGCCGGGCGCCCAGAAUCGCGGUGGAAGCUUGCAUCAUCGACUGCUACUCCACCGCCACUUGUGACUGAAGAUACUGAAAAUGGGGAAAGCGCAUUUGAGGCAGUGUUGACCCAAAACGAGUUUGAAUUCUAUCAGACCUACCAGAAGAUGUUUCCCAAGCUGGUGUACUCGCUCAACCAAGACCCAAGCGUAAAGCCCAUGAAGCCAAAUGGAAAGGACAUGUUUACCGUCAUUGCAAGCGCAAACAUUUUCAUGAGUGCUCAGCAUCGACGGUGGCUCACACUUCGAGAGAUGCUUUCACUUCAGGGCUUUCCUACUGAUUGCGAGUUCACAUAUGGUAAGCCUUGCUCGAGCUUUGCACUGCGAACACACCGUGCGUCUCUUGGUCUUGAGUCUGAACCAUGGCCAACACGUCGGUCGGUUUGUCAUCAGUCUGGAAAUUCAAUGCAUGUGGCAGUGAGCGGUGUUGUGUUGCUUUUCUGCCUUUCUCAGGUAGUGUUUGAUCAAGAACUGUUGAAUCUUCAGAUUUUUCAGCGGAAGCGACAAUGUCGCCCAGCUGACUUGUUUGGUUCAUCAGUUUCAAACAAGAAAGCGAAGCUUUAG